GCAGGCAGGUUCCCGGGCGGGCCCGCCGCGGUGUGCGGCGCUCAGCAGCCACACAAAAGAGCGGCUGCGGCUGUGGCUGCCCCGCUGCCAGGGACCGGCCCCGCCGCUGCACCGCGUACUUACUGUCUUCAUUCACAUGCUGCAGCAGAGGAAGGUGAUUUGCACUUCAAGAGGAUAAUUGCCGGAAAUGAUUGUCAUGUAAGGAGCUGGCUAUGGCAAAUAGGAAACAUCAAAGCACCGCAGCCAGCAUGCUGGAUCACAGAGCCAGAGCUUGCCCGACUUCAUCUCACAACAGGGAGCCUGAAAAUGAAGAAAGUGACCUUCCCAUUGAAGAUUAUGCAGCAAAGGAGGCAGAACUAGCAGCUGUCAGACCAGGCAGUCCUACCCCUGUGGAACAUGAGUGCAAUGACCAUAGUGGAGAUGGAGACUCCAGCUCUGACUAUGUAAACAACACUUCCGAGGAGGAGGACUAUGACGAAGGCUUGCCAGAAGAAGAGGAAGGGAUCACAUACUACAUCAGAUACUGUCCAGAGGAUGACAGUUACCUGGAAGGAAUGGACUGCAAUGGGGAGGAGUACGUUCCCCAUGAGGAACACCAUGUUGAAACAGAUGAAUGUCAGGAAGCUGUAGAAGAGUGGGCUGAAGGUAAAAUUCAGCACCAAGAUGAAAGUGAGGUGAUGGACAGGCAGGAGUGGCAGGAAGGUCAAGAUAAUGGCAUUCAGAUUUUGGAGGAUGAAGCAUCAUCUUUGGAGAUCCAGGACCAAGAAGAAAACAUACAGUACUGUCAAAGUGAAGGUGACUAUCCGGACUAUUACCCAGCAGAGGCUAAUGGAAAUUCACAGGGAAUAUCACCAUACCAUUCUAGGAAAGAGGAUGCAGAGCUGGAAGAGCAGGAAGAGGACAUUGACCAGAUUGUAGCAGAAAUCAAAAUGAGUAUGAGCAUGAGCAGUAUUAACAGUACAACAGAAAUGAGUCCAGAGCACACUGGGACUGAAAUCAUAGCACAUGACUACAAAGAGACUUGCUCAAAGGGAGAAGCUGUUCACAGUGCUAACAGGCACGAGGGGAGGCCAAAAUCACUGAAUAUCCCAUCUGCCUCUAAGCACAGUGGAGAUGUGCAUCGAGGUUUUAAAGCAAAAUCAAGAUCCCCAGAGGACAGACAGAAGUGGCCACAGGAGCAGAUGUGCAAUGGUUUAGAGCAGCCCAGGAAGCAGCAGCGUUCAGACCUCAAUGGCCCAGUUGACAAUAACAACCCCCCCGAGACAAAGAAAGUGUCUUCCUUUCCAAGUUUUGUUGAUGUUCCAGGACCUUGUGAACCUGAGGACCUCAUUGAUGGAAUCAUCUUUGCAGCCAAUUACCUGGGCUCCACCCAGCUGCUGUCUGAGCGCAACCCUUCCAAAAACAUCCGAAUGAUGCAGGCCCAGGAGGCAGUGAGUCGUGUCAAGAGGAUGCAAAAGGCGGCUAAAAUCAAGAAAAAAGCGACCUCAGAGGGAGAUUCCCAGGCCUUGACUGAAGUGGAUCUGUUCAUCUCCACACAGAGAAUCAAAGUUCUAAAUGCUGAUACACAGGAAACGAUGAUGGACCACGCGCUGCGCACCAUCUCCUACAUCGCCGACAUCGGGAACAUCGUGGUGCUGAUGGCGCGGCGCCGCAUGCCCAGAUCCGCCUCCCAGGACUGCAUCGAAACCACUCCUGGUGCCCAGGAGGGCAAGAAGCAGUACAAAAUGAUCUGCCACGUCUUUGAAUCAGAGGAUGCACAGCUCAUAGCUCAGUCUAUUGGUCAGGCUUUCAGUGUGGCUUACCAAGAGUUUUUGAGAGCCAAUGGAAUUAACCCAGAGGACCUCAGUCAGAAGGAAUACAGUGACAUCAUCAAUACCCAAGAGAUGUACAAUGAUGACCUCAUACACUUCUCCAAUUCAGAAAACUGCAAAGAGCUCCAGCUAGAAAAACAGAAGGGAGAAAUUCUUGGGGUAGUGAUUGUGGAAUCUGGAUGGGGAUCCAUUCUACCCACCGUUAUCCUGGCCAACAUGAUGAAUGGAGGCCCUGCAGCACGUUCAGGAAAACUGAGCAUUGGAGACCAAAUUAUGUCCAUUAAUGGGACCAGUUUAGUUGGUCUACCUCUUGCAACAUGCCAAGGCAUCAUAAAGGGACUCAAGAAUCAGACACAAGUCAAACUGAACAUUGUCAGCUGUCCUCCUGUUACUACUGUCCUCAUAAAACGGCCAGACUUAAAAUACCAGCUGGGCUUCAGUGUACAGAAUGGAAUUAUUUGCAGCUUGAUGCGAGGUGGAAUAGCAGAGAGGGGAGGGGUGAGAGUGGGACAUCGAAUUAUCGAGAUCAACGGGCAGAGUGUCGUGGCUACUGCCCAUGAGAAGAUAGUACAAGCAUUGUCCAAUUCAGUGGGAGAGAUUCACAUGAAGACAAUGCCAGCUGCCAUGUUCAGGCUUCUAACAGGUCAAGAGACGCCCCUGUACAUCUAACAUCUUCCAUCCAAGCUGAAGCUGUCAUAGCUGAAGAGAAUUUUGUAUUUUGUAUGGAUGAAAGGCUUGGAAGCUGACCUGAGGACUCCAGAACAAGCAACAGACAGGUGUCUCUGCCUUUUCUCUCCUUCCUUUCUAUUUCUUUGACAAAAAGUGUUGAGAAGGAUGGUCAAAGACAAUAAUCACUGACAAAAAUCUUUGUAAACAUUUAAGUAUUUUGAACAUCUUCUAAACUCUUUUCUCAUAGAACUUAAAACAUAUUUAUUUGUAACCUUUAUGUGGAGUGAUGUAUGUCUGUCUUGUUUGAUAACACAGUGAAUGUGAAUAUUUGACGAAUGAGACUGCAGGAAAUGGCAAAGAGAAGCAAAUAGAGAAAGUUCUGGCUGCCUCAAGUUUAAAAAAAAAUCCCAGUCCCAUAAAGUGGUCCAAUACUAAUGACUUUGCAUAAUUUUAAAACUGGUGCUGAAUUGAUGGUAUUUCAGUGGAAAGAAAUGUGUGCAGUUCAAACUUUUAGACUCUACUGUAAAGAAAACCACUGUAGUACUUGGUAUUGUUAUGACAAGUGUAACCUGUUUGGCAAGGUGUGAACAUAAACAUGUAACAAGUGUUUCAUAUGCUAAAUAAAGAAUAAUUGCCACAAGAUUAAAAUCAAAAUAUUUAUUUAGAUACAUAUUUAUUUUUAAUGCUUGUGAUUUUUAUGAUUUAACAGAGUUAUUUCAUGGAUAACUUAUUGCACAGGUUGUGUAAUGUAUGUGUCGGGCUGGGUUUUUUUUUUUUUCUCGAAUUUUUGCAUCUUACCUUUUUGUUCAUAUUAGCUCAAAAUGGGAAAGCCAUGCUUACCUGUUUCUGUCUUUUAUAAAGCAUUCUUAUUCCUAAGGCAAUGUGUUCUGAAUGUAAAUUGUUUUGACAAAUAACCUAGCACCAUCAGCAGUAUUAGAAUGUGUGUAGAUAAAAAACCUAGUAGUAAAGUUGUAUUCCUUAUGAGAUAAAUGUUAAUUGGUGUAACUUUGUCUAUUUUUUUUCUUUUGGCCAAGGCCUUGAAGAAAAUACACUGUGACUUAAGAAGCCUUACCAUGCAGUAACUAAAGAGCUUUAGAUGACUGUACUUCAAGGAGUAGUGUGUUGCAUGCAACUGACCUUAGGAAAGAAUUAACCUAUCACAAAUAAAUCUGAAAUAAGAAAGGAA